AGGAAAAUGUCAAAUGAUAUGAUAUCAAAUAAUCAAAUAGUUAAAUAAGUAAAUGUGGUAAAUGUGGUAUAGUGGUAAAGUUUGCAGCUUGGCAGAGCAUUUGUGUUGGCGUUUGGCGUUAAAACGAACUACAGGAGAGGUCGCUCGCAAUACUGAGAAUUACAGGGCAAAUUCUAUGUGACCCAAAGAACUAUAUAAGAUUAAUGAUAAGUGAAGAUUUUCGUUACUAGUCGAUGUUUCGAUGUUCAAUAGUUUGAUGUUCUAAUGAAUGGGCGUUUAUCAAAUAGUUAUAAAUACUAGUGAACAUGUUAACUUAAUUUUAUACAUUUAUAAAGAUAUGCUGAAUUUGACAAACAGUUUUUACAGAUGCUUGAAGCCCGCAUGCGAAAAUUUAACUCACAAAAUAUUACCUUCACUAGCUUUCUCACAAUUAAGUUGUAGAAGCGCGAUAUGCAGUUCUGUAUACGAUCAGAGAUCAUCAUUCAACCCAUUCAUUCACAACAGCCAACAGUGCCGGCUGCUUGCUAAUAAAAGGAAGAGAUUUCGCUCCAAGAAGCCAUUUGCUAAUACCAAUGCGGAUAUAACAGUCAAGUCAAUGGGUGAUUCAUUCCAGCCGUCAUUAAACCAUGUCAGUUACGGGGGACAGUUCGAUGUAUUGUCGGAAGAUGAAAGUCAAUCAUGGAUUCAGUUAAAUAACUCGGCCUCCACAGCCAAUGACAACCGAAGUAUACGAAGGGAAAUUCCUCCAAAUUUUAGAAUAUGGGAGCCAGUUGGAAAGUGGAGUAAUACUUAUGACGGAAACAGUUUUAAGUUUAAAGUCGUAUCAUACAAUGUUUUAGCACAGUGUCUAUUGGAGUCAUAUCCACAUUUGUAUAAAAAUUGCUAUCCGCACGACCUCAAGUGGCACGUGCGAGCAUCUCGCCUUUACACUGAAAUUCUUCAUCUGGAACCCGAUAUACUAUGUCUCCAAGAAGUUCAAGCAUCACACCUAAGCAGUUUUUACUCAAAGUUUGAAGAGAUGGGCUACUAUGGUGUUUUUAAACAAAAAACUGGUCACCGAAAAGAUGGCUGUGCUAUAUAUUUUAAACGCUCCAUGUUUAAUCUUGAAGAUCAUCUUAAUGUGGAGUUUUACCAGCCAGAACUGCCGAUGUUGAAUCGUGACAACGUGGGCAUUGCUCUGCGCCUCUCCCCGCGCAAUCCCCGCGCUGCCCCCGCGCCCUUCGUCAUCGCGACCACUCACCUGCAGUACCAUCCCAAAAGGACUGACUUACGUCUAGCUCAGAUACAGCUGUUCCUCGCAGAAAUUGACCGCUUCGCGUACUAUAACGACGGCAAGCAAGCUGGAUACUACCCAAUUAUCCUGACGGGAGACCUGAAUUCACCACCCAACAGCGCUAUCGUACAGCUACUAGGAAAGGGACAUGUUUGCGCCGCUCCUUUCCGAGAUGAUUCAGAUUGGAGUAGAAUAGGUGUUACCGACAACUGUCAACAUCUUUCCGUGUACUUGAGUCGACAGAGAGGCCUCACUGCUGACACCAGUAUGUUAAAGAUUUUCAACUCUGAGCACAAUAAGGGCUACUUGCCCGCUUCCGAGUCUGCUGACGGUACAGAAAAGUACGGCGCGAUGUUCAACAGCGGAGUGCUGACGCAUUCGCUGCGCUUCGCCUCUGUGUACGGUCAGCACAAGCCUGAUGGCGCACCGGAGGCCACCACCUUCCAAAACUGCUGGCUCACUGUCGACUAUAUAUAUUUUAGUCGCUGCAGUACGCUGAGACUAUUGGAGCGUCUCCGUUUGCCUACAGAAGAGGAAUGUAUGAAGAUGGGACCGCUACCUAACCACGUGUACGGCUCCGAUCAUCUAGCGCUCGCAGCUCUCUUCGAAAUCAAACCACCGAAUUCCAAUUUAUAAUACGACACGAAACACUCACGAUAUCUAAACCGCGAAAGCGAAACGAAAGCGAAACUGCAAAUUUGAUUAUGAAAAUUCACUGUAGUCGAAACCGACACUAAAAUUUGUAUUAUAUAAGUGUCUUUAUACAAAAAAUAUUUUAAUACUAGGAUUAUCCUUUAUUAGCUUCGGUAGUUCUCCGUCUUACUUUUUUUCUUCUAAAAAGUUCUUUUCUAAUUUUAGAUGAAAACUAAUUUCCUAAAAAUUUUAA